UUGAGAUCUGAACAAUGCAGAUCAUCAGGGUUUUGAAUCGAUCUAGUUAUUGGAUUCAAUGCACAGACAAAGAUCCAAAAGAUGCAUAUACUAAUAUUAGAUUUGAUUCGAAUUCUCUGUGAUUUCAUCAUGCCCCCCUGAAAUCACUCUGCUAAUUUAGGAUUUUUAGGAUCAAAUUCCCCUAAUUUUCUUCGAUCUGAUAUAUAGAUACGCAUUAUGAUGAAUGUGAAAUCCGGGCAAGGAUCAUCGUAUAGAGAACGGACGCAAGAGUUUUCUAGCAUAGCUGAGAGGCUAAGAAAAUCGUUCCCGUCGUUAAAUGCGGGGGUGAGUGCUAAUAACGUGGGUGUUGGGGUUGGUGCUGGUGAGUUCACCAAAGCUGACGGAUCGCGAUCAAAGGUUGCAUUCCAGACGGAAUUCAACAAGAGGGCUUCCAAAAUUGGAUACGGAAUUCAUCAGACGUCGCAGAAGCUAGCGAAACUUGCAAAAUUGGCUAAAAGGACAUCCGUUUUUGAUGAUCCAACUGUGGAGAUUCAAGAAUUGACUGCUGUCAUCAAGCAGGACAUUACUGCACUUAAUGCUGCUGUGGUGGAUUUGCAGCUUGUUUGCAAUUCACAAAAUGGAAGUGAAAGCAUUUCAAGUGACACAACUACCCAUUCAACUACAGUUGUUGAUAAUCUGAAGAAUCGUCUGAUGGGCGCCACAAAGGAGUUCAAGGAAGUCCUUACUAUGCGGACAGAGAACUUAAAGGUUCAUGAAAGUAGAAGGCAGUUAUUUUCUACAAGCGCUUCAAAGGAGCCUGCUAAUCCAUUUGCCCGCCAACAUCCCUUAGCUAAUAGAUCAACAGCAAAUGCAUCAACUUCUCCUCCUCCUUGGGUUAAGAACUCCUCAAGUUCAUCUCCACUGUUCCCCAGGAAACAGGCAGAUGGAGAAUCUCAGCCAUUGAUACAGCAGCAACAGCAGAUGGUCCCAUUACAAGACAGUUACAUGCAGAGCAGAGCGGAGGCUCUUCAUAAUGUUGAGUCAACCAUUCAUGAGUUGGGCAACAUUUUCACGCAAUUGGCAACCAUGGUUUCACAGCAAGGGGAGCUUGCAAUUAGGAUUGAUGAAAACAUGGAAGAUACACUGGCAAAUGUAGAAGGGGCACAAGGGCAACUAAUGAGGUACCUUAAUGGUAUAUCAUCAAACAGGUGGCUCAUGAUAAAGAUAUUCUUUGUAUUGAUUGCAUUCCUUAUGAUUUUCCUAUUCUUUGUUGCAUAACAAUAUUUCGUGCGAAUUUUGGAU